UGUACGGAGCUUAGACGCACGUGUGCGUUCCUUUCUAAGGUUGUUCCCCCCGUUUGUAGAGAGACCGUAGCGCGUGUCUGCCGGAGAAGAUUGUGACGGGACGUUUCGGGGUUUCUUUUUCGGGCGGAUGUGCCAACAGCAUCCCCUUUUGGGUGCAUCGCUUCGAUCCUAGAAUCUAGUGUGCGCGUGUGCUAGUGUUGGUAGGAUUUCGGUGAUUGUUUUCCCCAAAGUGAAGUUUGUCUUGGAAGUGUUGGCAUCAAGCAAAAAAAAAACCCCUCCGACGCAAGUGAUAGUGUGAGAAAGAAAAGAGGGUACGGUGUGUGGGACACACUCCACAAACCAAACCAAACUUCCUGCAAUCAAACUUGGCCGCUGCCGUAGUACAGCGCAACGCAGCAUGCCCAACCAUCAGUCAAGUGCCGGUGGUACCGACCAGCAACAUCAUCUGAUGGUGGAUCCACCCUCGCUACGACUCGUAUCCGGCCCCGUCCCGAUCUCGAUCCCGCUCUUCCGGCUCCGGAACGUUAGCUUUCUGCAUCCGCAGGUCGACCCGAUGGCGGCCCAUCCGCUGGUCGAACCGGACCCGAGCGGGCCCGCCACCACCAACAACAACAACAACAACAACUACGAGUUCUACAAACCCUCCGCCACGAACGGGCUCGGCCUAAUCGGCGGAACCGCCGACGAACCGGGCCACGAGCUGGAGGAUGCGGACCACGCGAAGAUAAAGCUCGAAUCGAGCGACUGCGAAGGACCGGACGGGUUCCAACUGGUGCGGCCCGGUUCGAGUGAGACCGGCUCGAACUAUGGCACGCAGGAGUCAUCGCAGUCAUCGCCGACGCCACCACCAGUGCUGUUGGCGGUGGCGUCGGCCUCCGCAACCGCCGGCCAUCCGACGACGACGACGGUGGAGGAAGACGAGGACGAGGCGGACGAAGAGGACGAGGACAAGCGGCUGGUGAUGAUGAUGGAGGAGCCGGAGCCGGAGGAGGAAAGCAAUGAGGCGGGCGGUGCGGUCGCGGUGGAGCGGUGUGACGAUUCCGAGCAGGACGACAAUAAGCUGGCACCGCAGGAUCAGGAAAAGAUGACGCAAGCGGUCAAAAAGGUGUUCACCGAGUACAAGUGGACGCCGCCGGUAGCACCGAUCAGAAGGUCAACGAGUACCAAAAAGAAGCUGCACAUCAAGCGACCGAUGAACGCGUUCAUGGUGUGGGCCCAGGCCGCCCGCCGCGAGAUGGCCCAGCAGCAGCCGCGUCUGCAAAACUCCGAAAUCAGCAAGGAUUUGGGUAAAAUUUGGAAGAGCCUGACCGAUGACGACAAGCAGCCGUUCGUGGAGCAGGCGGAAAAGUUACGGUUGGCCCACAAAAGUCAACAUCCGUACUACAAGUAUCAGCCGCGGCGCAAGAAGUCGAAACGGUGCGCCGGUGCUGGUGCCAAGUCUGGCAAGUGCUGUGAGGACCACUAUGCGGAGCUGAACGAGCUGGCAAGCCCAUCGUCGAUGGACGAUGUUGCUUCGUCCGGUGAGUCUGGCCCGGUUGCCAGCACGUACCCACAGUCCGAUGGGCAGCGUCCUUCGACGAGCGGAUUAUCACGGACAAGUCACAAACAAUCGUCCGGCAGAACGUCUUCCCGAGGUCGGACGACGCACCGCAAUACAUCCACCAUUGAGCAGACGACCCUGAUGGCUAGUGCACCGUCCACCGGCGCUAGCUACGAAAUAGAGCUGCCGCAUGAGGGUGUCGGUAGCUUUGCGGUUAGCAGUGCCACCGUUCCGUACGACCCACCGCUACCCGUGGAGCUAUACUCGGUCGGUGUUGAGCCGGUAGAACCGUCCGGGAGUACCAUCGCUGCGGCUGACUGUCAUUUCAUGGAGGAGGCACAGCCUACGAACAUGGAGGUGGUGGAUGCACCUCACCAGUCGACUGCCACGCCCAACGUAUCGCCAGUAUCGGGGCAAGUGCACAGCCAGAACUCACCGUACGCACCCCGAGACUGGAUCUCGGCUAUCGGUGUCGAGACCCAUCGGGACUCAUCAUCAUCGCUGGAGAGUGCGUCCGCCGCGUACGGACAUCACGCCACCAGAAGCGUAUCGUCGUCCAGCUGCAUGUCACACCCAAGCUCACACAUCCUCUCGGGUUACGCGUACCCCAACUAUGCCGCUUCCUACAUGCCAAACACCACCGAGUACCACAGCGCCCAGACACACUUCCUAGGAUCGGCGAGUGGGCCUAGCUUUGCAGAAGCGGAACUUGCUUGCUACAACCAGCAUCCCUCUUCACAUCGCUUCACACCGCAACAGCAAUCUCGAGACGUGAACGAAGGCUCCUUUCCGCAGUACGCACCAACUCUCCAACAGCAGCAGCAGCAGCCGCAACAGCAUUCAACAUCUCCGUCCAUCGAGCAAGGUGGACCGGCGAGACAGCAGAGCAGUGGGACGCCCGACCUGGAAGAGGUAAAACAUAUCCUACCAGUUCGCAUACCCUCAAUCACCCUUCACCAUGCUACUCCACAGCAUGCCGUCAGCGCUAUCGCCUCCACCACUGCCGACCUCAACCACGGGGACAGAUCACGCGCCACCGUGCCCAUCCUGAUGCCGGCAACGAUCGGCUACGUCGGCGAAGGUUCCGAAGUUCCACCCGGCUACGGACGUCACGGUUCGGACGAGCGUCCAUCCGCCAUUACGAUGAUACGGGACGCGGAACAUCAGCUGCACGCCUCACACCAACCAGCCCGGCACACCACCAUACAGUCAUCGAACCGGAUGUACAACGCACCGAACGGUGCACUGUUCAACUACCCUCUCGGAGAGUCUGCUGGCGGUGGUCAGCAGUACAUGCAGUCGGCCAUGUCCCAUCUGUCGUACGGCGGACAGCCGAGGAUGGAUUCGCCCAACAUCCAGCAACAUCGAUCACUUUCCGUACCACAUCUCCUGCCGCUGCACCAGCUGGACGAGCAGGUCGGACCACACCACCAAAGCUACCACAGCCAGCAGCAACAGCAGCAGGACUCUUACCAGUACGGUAGCUCACCACCAACGGCGACCAUCGCUCAGGCAGGACGCAUCCCGACGAGCAGUGGAGAAGGUCAAUUCUACUGAUUCGGUCCCAUCUCCACUCAGUAACUAAUUCUGUUAGGUUUUAAUCGAUCUCGACCACAUCACGCUACAACAGAGAGAGAGAGAGCGAGAAGGCUCUUCCGACUCUGCGCGUUACAAUAAUUCUAUCUGCUGAGAGAUACGCAUCACCCCUACACAUAUCAGUAAUUACACGUUAAUGGUAGAGGAAAAGAAAUCUGAAUUUGCAUUAAAGCGUGUUGUAACAUUUGAAUCUUAGAGAAGGGACGUGAGCGUUCAAAUGGGAGCACAUCACUAUGAGUAAGAUCUUUUGUAGAAAUCGCUAGCUAUUAAUACGGGUUUCCUUUCCCGAUGGUAUACACCCGCUAAAUGGAUUACUCGAAAUGGCUAGGCUUAUAAGGGGCUCCAGCAUUAUUAAUCCAUUUGUAGCCAAGCUAGCUUUGGCAAUGACGAGAAGGCACUUCCACUUCUUCCUUGGGAUAUUCAUCACGAAACAAUCUUGCCUAAAGCCCAAGGGUGAAGUUGCAGAGUAUUUUAUCUAACAGAUCUAAGCUAUCUUUAAGGAUGGAUACAGAUAUUUUAGGGAGCGAAUCCUGCAUCAAUUAUUUCUCAGCUUAUUCCGCUCUAUAAUCGGCGCCAAGUGUACUUAUAGGAAUUGGAGUUUUGCUUAUUACUUUUUUCUCCCUCCGCUAAUAAAACCCCUAUUGCGUUCGGCUAAUAGCUCUAGCGACCCGUAUCAACCAUUCUGCUCUAGAUCUGCGAACCCAAACAUCGUGGAUUGGUAGAAACAAAAUGGAACGAAAUAAAAGUUAAGUCACUGGAAAAAAAUGAA